UAUUUUCCAAUGAAUGUAUCCGAUGAAGUGAACUGUAGCUCACGACAGCUUAUGCUCAAAUAAAUUGGUUAGUCUCUAAGGUGCCACAAGUCCUCCUGUUCUUUUUGCGGAUACAGACUAACACGGCUGCUACUCUGAAAAAAGACUCUUUGCUGCUUUUACAGAUCCAGACUAACACAGCUACCCCUCUGAUGCUCUUCUCACUUUGUAAGGGCUGUUGUCUGCAUCUUCAGCCGUUGGUGUUUGCACUUCACCUGAUCAGGACAGGCUGUGGCUGGAGGUUGAUUCCAUUAUCCAUGCAUCCCUCAGUCACACAUCUGAACUAAGUUAAUAAGGUUACAGCAGGUUUUGCAAAAUGGACUAAGCAUUUCAAAAUGGAGUUUUAGUUACAAUAUGGAAAAAACAACUUCAUUCUUUAGCUCUCCACUGCGGGCCCGGAGCCAUCUCUUCUCGGGGGCGUGGUGGGGCCUUCCAGCGGGGAACAGCCGAGCCCAUGGGGCAAAUGCUGGUGUCUUCCAGCCUGCACUUCGUGGGCAGCAGCUCCUCCACAGGACAUAUUCAAAGGGUUUAGGGGUGAGAUUCUGUCUGCUCCCCCCUGCAUCCUCGUGCCAGAACUGGGGUGUGUCCCCCAUGCAGCAUUUCCCACAGCUACUGUGCUGAGCUGGAGAGUGGCAUGGCCAUCCGGGGGCACGGCCAGCUGGGACAACCCAGCAGGCGGAAAAUGGGGCUCCAUCAGGGUACAGAGCCGCAGAGAACAGAACCCAGGAGCCCUGUUGCUCUGACCACUAGCCCCUGCCGCUCUAAACCAUUAGCUCCUCUGCCUAGCUCUGGGGCUAGGACCCUGGAGUCCUGGGUCCCAGUGCGGGGGAGGGGAGGUGGGACCCCCGGUGGCUAAUGAAGAGACGGCCCAGGUGCCCGUUUUCACUCGCACAGGUGCAAUUGUGGAGUUUCUGAGGUAGGAACGCAGAAGCAGAAUUAGGCCUGAAGUGGGCCCCUGCCCCGCCCCCUGCAGCUAGCAAAGGCCUCUCAGCUGGGAGGGCUGCAGGUAGCUACCCCAGAGGAGUCCUGUGUUCCUGCCCCAGCUCUGGGAGGGGGCUACAGUCUGAGGGGUCCCUCUGCUUCCUUCUCUCCUGGGUAGAAGGAGAUGGAGGUAGGGCUGGUUCCUACCCACCCUCCUGUAGCUAUCCCCCAUUGCUGCAGCCUCAGCAGAGGAGACAUCUGAAUGGGCCUGGGCUGGAGUCCCCCCCAGAGGGUCCCUCAGGGCAGGGCCAAAAUGCAUCAAUGGGGCUUGGGUUCUGUGGGUAGCGCCCAAGGUGCAGACAGCUGGGAGGCCCCAUGGCAAGGAGCUCACAGCUGGGCGAGAGUGCGGGGCACUAUGCCCUCCCUAGCGCUGCAGCAGGAAGCAGGUUGAGAUGAGGUUUUUGCAAGGGGAGACUCUCUCCGGCCCCAGGCUGGCCCCAGCUGCCCACACUGUCUGCAGCGACAUGGCUGCUGGCAGCAGACAGGUGUCCCGCCAUGCCUCAGUGGCUCUGAGACGCCGGGGCGGAAGGCUCAUGUGAGCCAAAACCUCACCCGCUUGGCUGGGUGAGUUAAUCUCCCCAGGAUGCAAUUUGGUUCCAGACAGCCCCUUUGAGAUCUCCUGUGUCCGACUCGUCUGUCUGCGCAGGGUCCCUCUGCCAUCAUCGCCCCCGUCCUGAGCAGGUGUGUGUCAGGCGGGGAGCUGAGAGUGUAACUUGCACUGUCACUUACCCCACGGCAGAGUGUAGCUGUUCUGACCCGGGGGGCGUUUCACGGGUGUAAACACCUGCAUGACAUGGUGGGGGAUGGAGAACAGGGCCCUAGUGAGGCCCAGAAUGGUUUAGGUGUGGGUGGCAGCACCGGGAAUCGAACCCAGAGCUCCAGGAAUGGGGGUGGAAGCCUCCACCACAGCCAGGUUCCUUUCUGGGCUGCCACCCCAUCUCUGACCCCUCUCCCUGCUCCUAAGGGCUGAACUAGGCAAUUUGCCUGCAGAGCCCUGGAGCUUCCUGUUUGCGGCAUUAUAAAACCUCAGCGUUCGCUGCCUGUCGGCACUUGGGAAAAUCGCCUGCAGCCCGGACGCAGCCCGUGGGGUCUGGGCACACGGGGAUACAGAGCCUGGUGCAGAAUGAAUGCCACCGAGCUGUAUGUUGACUAUCCUGACUGGAACAGUAACUUCACUGCGCCCGACUUCGACCUGCCGACUCCGCUGCCUUUCCAGCUGACCCCCGUCCUGUGGGCCUCUCUGGUUCUCUACUCCCUCGUCUUCCUGCUGGGCGUGCCGGGGAACGCGGCUGUCAUCUGGGUGACGGGCUUCGGGAUGAAGCGCACGGUGAACACCGUCUGGUUCCUCAACCUGGCGGUGGCCGACCUCCUCUGCUGCCUGGCGCUGCCCUUCCUGGCCGUGCCCGUGGCCCGCGACAACCGCUGGGAGCUGGGUGACUUCGCCUGCAAGCUGCUCCCAUCCCUCGCCAUCCUGAACAUGUUUGCCAGCGUCCUGCUCCUGACGGCCAUCAGCCUGGACCGCUGCGCCCUGGUGACCAGGCCCGUCUGGUGCCAGAACCACCGCACGACCCGGCUGGCCUGGGGCCUGAGCGGGGCAGCCUGGCUCCUGGCUCUGCUCAUGACCCUCCCAACCUUCAUCUUCCGGACGACGCACGCCAAGGCGUUCUCAGACAAAGUGAUGUGUGUCUUGGAGUACACUCGCGUGUCCGGAUACCAGACCGCCGUCGAGGUGUCCGUCGCUACCUUCCGCUUCGCCGCCGGCUUCCUGGUCCCCUUCGUGGUGAUCGCCACCUGCUACGGCCUGGUCCUGGCCCGUGUCCACAGGAGCCGUUUCACCCGCUCGCGCAAGACCAUUAAGGUCGUUCUUGUGGUGAUCAUCGGCUUCUUCGUGUGCUGGCUCCCCUACCACGUGGUGGGGCUGAUCCUGGCCGCCCACAAGCCCAGCACGAGCCUGUUCAAAGGCGCCUUUGAGUCCGACCCCCUGAUUGUGGGCCUGGCCUACGUCAACAGCUGCCUCAACCCCGUCAUCUACGUCAUCAUGGGCCAGGACUUCAAAGACCGGUUCCAGCGCUCACUGAAGUCCAUCCUCCGCAACGUGCUGAGCGAGGAUUCACUCCACUCCGUGGCUGACAGCAGGAGGAAGACCAGAUCCACGCUGGAGACCAAGUCCACAAUGGAGGACCGGAGCAUCGGGGUUUGAGCUGGGGAACGGGCCCUCAGCAGCCCCACCGCAGGCCGGGCUUGUGACAUGGCAGGCGACAGCUGCCUCCCCUUUGCUCGCUGUCGUUACCCUGGGGGGUCCGUGUAGGGCACACAGCCGUGUGGCCACCGCCCCUCGCGUGCCCCAGGCCCCUGCAGGCUGUGGGGCGGGGCAGACGGUGAUUUAAUGCAUGGUGCCUCCUCUAUAUUUGCAUAUCUGAAUAUUCAUGCCCUCAUUCUCCUAUUUCCCCAUCAUCCAACCCUUUGGAGCCUCACACUCCUUCCAGCUCCUGCCUUGAUUCCCCCCAAUCUCCAGUGCCCCAUGUCCCCCUGCCCCAAAUUUCUCCUCCACCCCUUCCCCCCAGUCUGGCGCCACCCCCAGCAAUCCCUCUGCCAGAGAGACGUGGCUGGAGCGCUCUACAACCAGAUCUCCAUGGCUACAGGCCACAUGCUGGGUGGGUCUCCUCUCUGGCUAGGGUCCUCUCUGUGGUUGGAGACCUCCAUGCCGUGGGGUCUCCUCUAUGGCUGGGGUCCUCCGAGGGAGAUCUAUAGAGAUCUAUAACUAUAGAGACGUGGCGCACGGAGCUUCACCCUCAGCUCUGCAGCUGUCCCAGGCAGGAGCCCUCAGCCUGGGCCCUCCUCUCCCAAGCUACGGAGGUAACGCCUCUGCCGGGCAGCAGUAGUAGCCUGUUACCCUCUUAUGCAAAUCAACCAUGAGAGGGCGACAGAGACCCACCCUCCCUAGCGCUGGGCUUACAGAGACCCAGAGCUGCAGGGCGUGACUCUCCCUGCCCCUCAUGCAGGCGUCGGCACCAGCCCUGGGUGUGACGCACAGGUCAGAAUGGGGCAGCGUCUGGGCACGCACGCUGCAGGGGUGCAACUGAGCACCUGAGAGCCAGGUGCCCAUGUGCAUCCAUGCAAGCAGCCCCUGUGCAAGCUGCUGCAAGCAGCAUCCACUGGGGGAAGAUUACGGGAGAGUUUCUAGCUUCCCACCCCUGUUGCCAGAGGCUCCGAAUUUUCUGUAACUUCCCCGUUUUAGUGCUGGGAUUUUGGGGUUGGGUUUUUGGAGCCAACCACUGCCCCCCCCGCCCAGCACCCCACAGGGGCACCGUCCUGGAAAUGGUGGUGGUUUGGGUUUUGUGUCAUGGGGGAGGAUGACUGGCAGGAAUUCACUGCCCUCCUGCUACAGGGCCCGAGCCAGCCCCGACAAGGGGGCAAGUUGUUGAGGUUACAGGGCUGCGUGCACCUCUGCCACGCCAGGCGUGGGGCACAGCACCCUGUGUAGCAGCCGUGCUGACCCAGAGGGUCUGAGAGAGUCCUCUGGGGCUUCCCUUUGGGAGCCUGUGCCCAGCAAGCCAAGGUAUUGUUUGUUUUAACAAUGGGAACAAAGCAUGGGGGGGGGAAGGGUUUUAAAAACACAGUCUGCGACCAUUUUUUUCGUACCUAAAUCCACUCUGUGAUGGGGAUCUAGACAGGGCCGGCGUCGUCAGUUGCCCCAGCGGCUCCUGCAUGUCACCCUGGCCCCCAAACAGCCCCCCCCCAAGGAGAUGCUAGUUACAAACUGCUCGAGCCCCUUUGCUUGCCGGUGUGCCCAGGCCUUGGGCUGGCCUGGCGCUAUCUCCUACCAGCACUCGGGCGUUUGCUGAGCAGUGGCUUAUCUUGAGCUGUCCUGCCUCCUUCCUGCUUUAUUGUGCGGCCAGAGAACCAAUAGCUUCAUCCCGCAACGUCCACGGACAGCGGGGCCAUUUCUUGUCAGGGCAUGGCUCCAGCUCCGCCACCCCUCGACUCUCGUCCCUCCUGAACACCGGCCUCUGGAGCAGCUGGGACUGGCCGGGCAGAGAUGGGAGACUGAGGCAGAGUGAGUCCUGCCCUGAUCCGUGGGCCCAGAACCCCCAGGAGGCCUCACCGUGACGCUCCCUCCGGCCCCGUGUGAUUGUGCAUUGCUCCGUCAGGGCUUGGCAGCCCCGGCCCCAGCGGCUCCCCCUCGCCCCUGGGCUGAGGUCCCCCUGCCCCGGCCGAUCAACAGAUGGCUCUGUGGCUUGAUCCUUGGCUCUACGCCUUCCUCCGUGAGACUGUACGGGGCUGUGCUGCCAGUUACCCGGGCGAGGCCCCUGCACUGCCUGCUGGCUCGGCACCAAUGUGUUCCUGGGCGUAUGUCCAGGUUUGCCAUAAACACAGACGUGGCUGCUGCCGGGUCUCUCCUUGACGAGGAGUGUGCGGGGCCUGGGGACGGGGUGGGCAUGAAGCCACCUGUUUAUCUGCCGGGGCAGGGGGACCUCAGCCCAGGGGCAAGGCACCCGAGGGGCUGAGAAUGGGGCUGCCACACCCUGAAGGGAGCGUGGGCGGGGGGUGUUUAGCGGUUCAUGGAGCUGUCCACAAGGCUGGGCGUUUCGGGGCGCUGGUUCCACGCACACUGUCCGGGGUUCUCUCUUUGCCAGGGUCCCCGCCAGCAGGGCCUACGCAGACCCGUGCAUGCACCUUAGGAAUCCCGCCCUCCCAGCACGCGGUGCUGCUCCCAGGAGACCCGAGGAACCACGCCCCUGUGCGAUGAAUAAAUGUGCCUCUUUGUCA